AUGGACGGACAGAGCAACGGCGCGCAAUGCGCGGGUAAUGGUCAGCGCGAGAGGCUGCUGGCGAUGGCGAGCGUCGCCAGCAAAAUGCAGGUCGCGUUCGGCGAAAUGGCUUCAGUUUGUCGCCUCGCUGCAGCCGGCGAGCGCGCGCGCAUGGACAAACUCCUGCUGUUCCAGCUCACCGCUCCCCUCUUUGACCCUCUCCGCCUCGCCGCCCUGCAAACCACACCUUCCCCCGCUCCCGCGGGUGCGCCCGCCGCCGCGCCUGAUCCCGCCGUCCCCGAUCAGCCGCGCAUCCCGAUCCUGGAUUUCGCCAGUGUUGCUGCUGCUGGCGCACGAGAAGAGGAGAGGAGAGAGGAGAGAGAAGAGGGAGACGAACGAGAGGAAGGAGUAGAAGGAGAGGAAGGAGUAGAAGGAGAGGAAGGAGUAGAAGGAGAGGAAGGAGUAGGAGAGGAAGGAGUAGAAGGAGAGGAAGGAGUAGAUGGAGAGGAAGGAGUAGAAGGAGAGGAAGGAGUAGAAGGAGAGGAAGGAGUAGAAGGAGAAGAAGGAGUAGAAGGAGAGAAAGGAGUAGAAGGAGAAGAAGGAGUAGAAGGAGAGAAAGGAGUAGGAGAGAAAGGAGUAGUAGUUGAGGAAGGAGUAGAAGGAGAGGACGAGGCAAUGGGGCUGGAGGGUACUGAGCAGGCAGAGGAGAUGAGGGCUCGUAGCGAUGAGGAGAAAGAACAAGGUGAGAAGGAGGACAAGAGUGGAGGAGACCAGGGGAAAGAAUGCAACAAUGCGGAUGUGAGUGCAGGUGAUGGGAAGGCGGUGGGCGGCAGUGCUGACGUGUCACUGGGUGGUGAUGACAAGGUAGAGGCGAGGAGGAGAAGAGUCAGCGAGUCCGUGAGGCAAGUGAAUGAGGGCACGGGUGGUGAUGCUGCUGAGGGCAAGCGGCAAAAGCGGAGGAGGGUGAAGAAAUCGCUGUGA